UUAUAAACCCAAAAAGCUCUGUGCUUUCCAAUGGCCACACCAUAAUGACAUCACAGCCUCAGCUGUGAACCACAUCCAACAAUAAUCUCUUUAACGAAUUCAAAAAGCGAAAACAAAAGCGAAAGAAAGAAGAAGACGAUGAAUCACACAGUUACAAUUAUAAAGAAAGACAGAAGCUUAUAUUAAAGAAAAGCAAAAAGAAAAAAAAAAAGAGAAACAGAGAAACAGAGUAGACCCAUAAAAAAGUUCUCUAAUCCAGUAUGAUUUGCGCCAUGUUCCUCAAUUUCAUGACAACCCAUCAUUACGUCUUCAUCUUUCCCUUUUCCCCUUUUAAUUUCUUCAUUCCCUCAACCUCGUUGGAAAACGAAAACCCUUCCUCGUUCAAAUCGCCAUUUCCCCCCUGUUUUCCCCUGUUUUUCCAUCGAUCGUCAUGAUGUCGCCUGAACGCUCGGCGGUGACCCCCUUUGAAUUCCGGGCACCGCCGCCAUCCCCCAUCGGUACCAGUCGCCGCUCCUCCGUCACAAACGAUGAGGUUCUCACAGAAUUCCUCGAGCACUCGCUCCGUGUUCCCGAUCUCGUUUUGCCCGAAAACAUUUUCCCGAGGCAGAGAUUUAUUGAGAACCCACCGAGAAUUGAUUUUCGGAUGAUUGAAUCGUCCGAUCGUGAUUCUGUUUUGAAGAUUUUGGAUUCGAUGGCCAGCAUUGGGUUUUUCCAAUUGGUGAACCAUGGGAUUCCAGCGCAGCUAAUUGGAGCAGUUGCGGCGGCGGCGGCUGCCGGGGUUUUUGGGAUCUCGCCGGAGAAGAAGGUGGCGGUGGCGAGGUCACCGGAGAAGGCAUAUGGGUUUGAGGAGUAUUGGCAUGGAGAGGAUGAGAGUGAACUGUGUGAAGAGUUUGUGUGGAGCAGAGAUGAAGGUUUGAAAGUGGAAAUGGAGGCCAUUUCGCCAUUUGGAUAUUCGAGUUUCAGCAAGAAAAUGGAAUGGAUGACACAACUAACAGAGAAAGUGGGAGAGAAAAUAUUAGAAAUUUUGGUGGAAAAUAGUGGUGGGAAAGUUGAAAAAAAGGAUGUAAUUUUGGGGCAUGGAUCAGUGUGGUGUGUGUACAAGCAGAAGAAACAGAGAAUGAAUUGGAAUGAUGAAUUAGAGAACUGUUUCAAACAUGAUGUGAUCAGAAUGCUUAUAAGGGGAACUGAUUUCUCUCAUGCUUUUUGCUUCCAUUUCUGCCAUGGGUCUUCUCCUCUAUUCCAUGUUUACACCAAGAGAGGUUGGGUUUCUUUUGUACCGGAUGAAUCCGCCAUUGUUGUCACAGUCGGAAAUCAUAUUCAGGCUUGGAGUGGUGGGCAGUACAAGCAUGUGAUUGGUAGGCCAAUUUAUAGAGAUCAUAACAAAGAAGAAGAAAGUGGGAGCAGCAGCAGCAACAAUAAUAAUAAUAAUGGCAUCUCAAUGGCCUUUCUUUUUUCUCCAACUUCUUCUUCAUCAUCAAAUGGCUCUGAACCCCUCAAUGAAAUUAGGACUCUUUCAUUAGCCCAUCAGGCUCUAUUUGCUCUCUUCUUAACUCUUCUUUACAACUUUUUCUUUUAUAUUCUCAAAUACAUUUGACAUAAUUUGGCUUUGUUUCUAUUCCUUUCUUUGAUUUUAUUUACCCAUCUUCCAUUUCAAUGAGAUAUAUAUAAUACAAUCUUUCUUUAGUUUAUUUUGAGUAAGUAUGAUCAGAGAACGAUUCGAGUUGUUUUACUAUCAUAUAUUUGUAUGUAAACUUGUAAUUGAGACGUAAAUCA